AUGGUAGCUGCAGUUAUUUUACUGGUAGGGUAUUUUCUGACCACAGUGGCAUGUGUUCGUAUUUACAAAGUCGUCAAAUAUCACCAGAAUCAGAUAUACAGUCAAAAUCAGCUUCAAAAUGCACAAACAAGGGAGGCACUCAGACAAAGGAAGUCCGCUUAUAAUGCUUUAUUUGUCUAUUUUGUUUUUCUAGUUUGUUGUCUUCCUUUUUUGCCUUCUGUAAUAUUGUACUUGAUUAAUACUUCUGAAAUUUCGUUUCUCAUAGCCAAAUGUGCGUCGUUAUUCUUAAUUUACCUGAAUUCAUCAUUAAAUCCAAUUGUUUAUUGCUGGCGGUACCGAGAGAUUCGCCAUUUGUAA